AUGGGUGACGUUUACAGGGGACACGCCUACGGCGGGCCCCGAUCCUACCGCGACCGCGACAGCGACGACGACGACGACCGCUACCGAAGCACCACCGUCACCCGGUACAAGGUCAACUCUGGCCGCGGCAGCGACCGUUUCGACCGCAGCGAGAGGGUCGAGGUGGACGACGACCGCCGCUCUCGCUUCUCCGCCCGCACCUCUGGCGACUUUCUAGACGAUCGUCGCGGCCCGCUGUCACCCUCGGACCGGCCACGCUCUGCCUUUGAACCUGGUGGCGACCGCUCGCGCACCGUCUAUUACGAGCGCGAUGUCGAGCGAGAUGUCCGCCGCGAGCCUGACCGCUCGCGUGUGGCCGCUUACGAUGGAGACCGCGACUGGGACCGCCGCUCUCACCACACCCGCCACGACGAUGAGAUCAAGGUCGAGAAAAAGUUUGAGGAGCGCUUCGACGACGAUCACGGCCACGAAGUAGAGCGCUACCGCAAGGAGACCGAAUAUUACACCCAGGCCGACCCUCCGCCCGCCCCCGUCAUCAUCCGCCAGCAGGUGCCAGAACCUCAGAAGAUCAUCGUCCAGGAAGCGCCACCACCCGCUCCCAUCGUUCUCCCUCGCCAGCAGCCCGGCGUCGUGGUCGUGCGCGAUCGCGAACAGGACCGCGAAAUGGUCCGGCGUGAGCGGGAGCCGUACGACGAAGAGUACUACUACCGCCAUGAGCGCCGCGACGUCGGCCCUUACCGCGGAGAUCAGGACUAUUCCGUGUCCCGAUAUGAGCGCCGGCGCAGGGACGACGAUUACUACAGCGGCGACGACGACUACUACGUUCGCCGCACCGUGUUGGCCGAAGGUGCUCUUGCCGGUGCAGGCAUCAGCGCUCUCAUGUCCAGCCGCCGCGACGAGUACGGCGACCUGCCCGAGAACCGCGGUCGCAAAGUCCUCGCCGGUGCUGCUCUGGGUGCUCUUGGCACCGAGGCCAUCCGCCGCGCCCACAGCGCCUACGAGGAUCGCUGGGGCGAUGGACGUGAAUCUCCCGAUCAUCAUUCGCGGCUCAAGAAGGGCUUGGGCAUAGCUGCCGUUGCCCUCGCCGCCGCCGGUGCCGCCAAGUAUUACCAGUCCAACAAGGUGGAAAAGGAAGAGGCACACCGCGGCCGAAGCCGCACUCGGGGAGGAUACUACUCCGACGACGAGUACUACUCGCGCUCCGUGUCGCGCGCCCGCUCGCGGACCAAGAGCCGACGACGCAGCAUCUCCACAGUCGCCAAGGCUGCGCUCGGGACGGCUGCCACAGCUGGCAUCAUAAAGCACUUCCGCGACAAGUCCAAGUCCAAGUCUCGCCACGGAAGCCGCUCGCGCAGCAAGUCCAAGCUUCGCCGCGGCGCCGAGAUUGCUGGAGUGGCAGCCGCCGCUGGCGUUGCGAACAAGCUAUGGAAGAACCACAAGGAAAAGAAGGAGGCGUCUCGGUCACGAGAGCGAGCCCGAAGCUUCAGCGACGACGAGCGCGACUACCGGCGUCGAUCGCGCAGCAGGGGAGUCAGCCGAGACAGGGGCAUGAGUCGCAGCCGGAGCAGGAGCAGGUCCAUGGCCAGAUCCCCUUACUCACCGACCGGGGCUGAUCCUGAGCUAGGCUUGAUUGAGUACGGACACGAUCCCCUACCGCCGUCGAACAGGUCCGCGUCGCGCGGUGGCUAUGAAUCCGAGGGCGACGAUGGACGUCGUAGGCGUCGGAGGCGCCGCGAUCGAUCCGCAUCCUCGUCUCCGUCGGACCAAGAGAGGAAGCGAAGCAGGAGCCGGCUGAGGAACAUGGCGGCGGCCGGUGCGGCCGCGUUUGGAAUCAAGGAGUUCAAGGAUAGAAAGGACCAAGAGAAGCGCGAGAGAAGGUCACGGGAGCGUAGGUCGCGGGAGAGAGAAGACGAGAGAAGACGCACAGGCUACGACGAGGACGAGCGCAGGAGACGGGACGACUAUGCGGAUGAUCGCCAUGGCCACCGCUCCCAAUCUCCGCCGACUGCGUCGGGCGGUGCAUACUAUCCGCCGUACCCCUCAACCCCAGGUCCGGCGACGGGCGGCCCCAACUACGCACCGUAUCCCGACGCUGCCGGCAACCCUCCGCGGGAGUAUCAGCCGUACAUGCCACAAGACUAUAUGGGAUACGUCCCUCCACCGCCUCCUGGCCCGCCACCCGCACCUGAGCCGGGCCUUGGCGGCGGCUAUCCCCCGCAAGGUCCUCCCGGUCCCCCGCCCCCCGGCCCGCCUGGUCCACCGGGACCACCACCGCCUCCUGCCGGGCCACCGCCUCCUGGUGGCAAUUACCCGCCAGACCAUGUGAGUGACCUUUCCCGAGAUCAAGGGAACCCCGCCUGGCGUGCAGGAGAGGAUGGCAUAAUUUCCAACCAUCCGUACGAGGCGUCUUCAUCUAAGGGGCCGCCGACAGCUUCCAAGUCGGUCUCUUUUAUCCCCCUCUCGCCGAAAAGCUCGCAGACUAUGGAGAGGCACAAGAGGGAGCAGGCGGCCUCUGCGGACGCGUCUCCAGACCGCGCCGACGACUAUGAUAUGGUCGAUCGCGACGAGGAAUCCGGUGAACGGCCCAGCUUUCGCCGUCGCCGUUCGUCAGAUCCCUCGUCCGACCGGCCAAUCGUGCGCCAUGCCCGCGGUCGAGACACUGAUGCCGGCGACGACGUGGAAGAUUUGCCAGAUCGGUUCGACUCUCAGGGGCGGCCGCUAGACGGGCGCUCCGCUACUCAUUCGCGGUGGACAACGCGGCGGGGCACUUUCGAGCGGCCCGCGCAACGCCCCGGCGGUUGGAACGUCCAAGGCGCGUGGCAGGUGAGCGGCACCGAGCAGGAGGCGGUGGACCGCCUGGUGCGCAACGUCACCGGGGCGCUGGAAGGGCAGCGAAGCUGGAUGAGCGUCAUUGGGGAUGUAAUUGGCGGCGGGCUGCUGCCUCCACCGGGCGCCGGGCAUGGCGAGGGACAGGAUCAUGACGAUGAAGACGACGGGCGGCGACGACGACGAGGGAGGUAA